AUGGCCGACGAAUUAUGUCUAACGCUCCCUACAUCAAAGUGGAACAUUGUGUUAACCACGACUCUCGGUCUGUUGAUCUCCAUUAUCGCGUCUACAACAAACGUAUUAAUACUCACAGCAAUCUAUAAGAAGCCAUCACUUCAUACUAUCACAUAUUACUGCCUAGCUUCCUUAGCAGUUGGUGAUUUAUUUGUCGGAAUCGUUGCUCUUCCGCUUUGGAUUACAAGAUCUUUGUUAUCAAUCGCCGACGAGGAACACCCCCUUAGUGUAGCUGUAGACUGCGUUUAUGUUCUGUCUGUUGGUACAUCAACAUAUAACUUGUGUACAGUCAGCUUAGAGAGAUACGUCGGAGUUGUUUUGCCUUUGCGGUACAACGUCAUUGCAACCAGAAGACGACUUCAGUAUGCAGUAACGACCGUAUGGGUUCUUUCAAGCAGUAUCGCCUGCCUUCGUUUGGUUAUUGAUGAAGAUUCUUACUGGUUGGUGGCCAUAUCUACAUUAUUUUUUUUCCCGGGAAUAACCAUUUCUUACUGUUACGUUUGCAUUUUCAAAGAAGCGUCCCGACAGUCAAGAGCUAUUGCUCAGCAGAGCGGGUUCCCUUCACCAGUGAAUCAAAUCCACAACAGAAAGGCGUCCUUGACCAUUGCGAUAGUUAUCAGUGUGUUUUAUUUGACAGCCUUACCAGCUUUGGCCUUUUCCAUAGCUGAGCUGGUCUCACAAAAGCAAAUGUCUUGUGAACAGAAAAAAUCAUUCGAGUCUUGGGGAACUUGGGCGCUCUUUUCUGCCUUCUCGAAUGCAGCCAUUAAUCCGUGGGUUUAUGCUGCCCGGAAAAGUGAAUUUAAAGGUGCUUUAAAGGUGUUGAAGAUUUGGAACUACGUGUGUUAGGCAUGCAUAAGUUAUUAUG